UCCAGGGCUUCAUAGCGAGUCCUGUCGGCUGGGCCGGAUUUUAGCAGGGGCUUACCGGGGCUGCAGCCCGGGGCCCCGGCAUUUCGGGGGCCCCGAAGGAUGUUUUAUAUUUUUGUGAAUGGAUAGUGUCAGAAAUUAAUCAAUGACUACGAUGAUUUUGCCAGCACCGAUGAAAAAUGUUCCAAUUUGUUCUGGCAAACGUCCAUCUUGAAUGCUUGCUUGUUAUUGGUCCACUUUUGACGCAUCUUACGCAUUGGGGAGGAGGAGCGUCAAGGGAAUAUUAUUUUACAAUGGCGGACAACAGAAAAUAUGACAGCGGAGCGCAGAAAAGAAGGAAGAGAAAAGAAAAAGAGCAUCGCGCCAAACAAAAUGCCUAAACUGACAGGCUUUUUUCAACCUGUUAGCGGAGAUGGAGCAGAAACAUCAUCAUCCCCCGCUACUCGAACCCUUAGCUAUGCUAACACCGGCACUAAGAUCCAGCCAGAACCUUUAACCGUGACUGAGUCGGUGGCUGGACUGGCGUCUGUGGAGUCAGAGUCGGUGGAAGCGGGAUUUUCUUCCGCAGAUGGAAAGGCGACUGUGGAUCCGUCCAGUACCGAUCCGGCGCAUUGGGGGGAAAUUGACGAGUCCGUGCGAGCUUACUGGGCUGAGCGAGGACCGGAGAGCUGUCAAAAUAUGAAUGUUGGCUUUCGAGCAUCAGGACGGGUGGACAAGCAUCAAAAGCGUCACUUCUCCAAAUCUCACUUUAAACGCAAGAUGUUAAAUGGAAGCUUGCUGUGCGUAUGUGUUGAUGGUGACAGCAGUCUACUGGGUGUCGGAGGCCGUCCCCCUGGGGGCCGCUGCCCUGGUCCCGGCAUUCCUCUAUCCUCUCUUUGGCGUUCUCAAGUCCAGCGAGGUAGCGGCAGAGUACUGUAAGGACACCACUCUGCUGCUGAUGGGAGUCAUCUGCCUGGCCGCCUCCAUAGAGAAAUGGAACCUGCACAAACGCAUCGCGCUGCGCAUGGUGAUGAUCGCAGGGGCAAAACCUGGCAUGUUGGUGCUGGGCUUCAUGUGCUGCACGGUCUUCCUGUCAAUGUGGCUCAGCAACACGUCCACCACCGCCAUGGUGAUGCCCAUAGCCGAGGCCGUCCUGCAGCAGCUCAUCUGCACCGGCCUGGCCGACUCCCACCACGACUCGGAGACCGGCGACGCUCCAGAGGAGGACAGCGCUGUUUCAACCAAAGAGGAGAACCUGGACAAGAACCAGCUAGAGCUGCUCUAUCAAAAUGAACAGAACGAACGCUCCAAACAGGAUCUCUGUUCCUUCACUGAGGGUCAGGCGGGUGAGCUGAACGGUUUCGGUCUUCAGCCCGUCUUGAACAAGACUUUUGUUCGACAAACCAACGGACACCUGCCGCAGGUUGCCAUAGAGAUCCCAAACGUGAAGCGAGUGCGAGCCAGGAGAGACUCCCAGUACCCCACGAAGAGGGACCACAUGAUCUGCAAAUGCCUGUCGCUCAGCAUCACCUACGCAGCGACCAUCGGAGGACUGAUCACCAUCACCGGGACGUCCACCAACCUCAUCUUCGCCGAGCAGUUCAACACUCGCUAUCCGGAGGCGAAGGUGAUCAACUUUGGCACCUGGUUCAUCUUCAGCUUCCCCAUAGCCAUCAUCAUGCUGGUCCUCACCUGGCUCUGGCUGCACUUCCUCUUCCUCGGCUGCAACUUCAGAGAGACGUGUUCGCUGAGUAAGAAGCGCAAAACCAGGAGAGAAACGAUGUCUGAGCAGCGGAUCCAGGAGGAGUACGCCAAGCUGGGCCCCAUCAGCUACCCCGAGGUGGUGACGGGGAUUUUCUUCAUCCUGAUGACUUUGCUGUGGUUCACCAGAGAGCCCGGCUUCGUGCCCGGCUGGACGUCGCUCUUUGAGAAGAAGGGCUACAGGACCGAUGCAACCGUGUCUGUCCUCCUGGGCUUCCUGCUCUUCCUCAUCCCCGCCAGACGUCCCUUCUCAUCAUCCUCACCCAGCUGCAGUAACUCGGAAGACAGUUCAGACCCCGACCCUCUCGCCCCCAUGAUCACUUGGAAAGAUUUCCAGAGGCUGAUGCCGUGGGAGAUCGUGAUCCUGGUCGGAGGAGGAUACGCGCUCGCGGCCGGCUGCAAGGUGUCGGGCCUGUCUGUGUGGAUCGGCAGGCAGCUGGAGCCCAUGAGUGGCCUUCCGCCCUGGGCCGUCACCCUGCUGGCCUGCCUCCUGGUGUCGGCGGUCACAGAGUUUGCCUCCAACCCAGCAACUCUUACAGUCUUCCUGCCCAUCCUGUCAGCUCUGUCGGAGACCCUGCUCAUCAACCCCCUCCACACUCUGAUCCCGUCCACCAUGUGUGUGUCAUUUGGGGUCAUGCUUCCAGUGGGGAACCCCCCCAACGCCAUCGUCUUCAGUUACGGCCACGUGAAGAUCAGCGACAUGGUGAAAGCAGGGUUUGGAGUGAACCUGAUCGGCGUGGCGGUGGUUAUGUUAGCCAUCACCACUUGGGGCGUCCCGCUUUUCAACCUGACCGAGUUCCCCACCUGGGCAGUGGCCAGAAACGUCACCGGAGGCUUAUAA